GUCGCAAUGCCUUUACUCGCAUAUCCAGGACAGUUUCCUAUGCAACUCGGAUGGCUCACGACCAAGUCAGGAAACCAAAGACAGCUAUAGUCAUGUUAAAUAUGGGCGGUCCUACUAAUAUAGAUGAGGUAGGAGAUUAUCUUCAUCGAAUCAUGACGGAUCGUGACAUGAUACAGCUGCCGGUUCAGAGCAGACUAGGGCCCUGGAUAGCGUCCAGGCGAACAGAAGAUGUGCAGAAGAAAUACAGCGAGAUCGGGGGCGGAUCUCCUAUAUUAAAGUGGACUAAUAGCCAGGGGCAUCUGCUAGUGGAAACGUUGGACAAAUUGCACCCAGCGACGGCGCCCCACAAACACUACGUAUGCUUCAGAUAUGUACCACCAUUUACGCACGACGCGUUUAAUGCUAUCGAGAGUGACGGCGUGGAGAGGGCGGUGAUAUUUUCACAGUACCCACAAUACAGCUGUGCUACAACAGGGUCCAGUUUGAACGCUAUCGCAGACUUUUAUAAGGAUAGGGAAAUACCAAAGAACAUAAAGUUCAGUUUAAUAGAGCGCUGGGCGUCACAUCCCUUGCUAGCCAAAGUGUUUGCGGAGCGGAUCAAGGAGAAACUAGCCGUAUUCGAUCCAGAAGUCAGGGACGAUGUUGUUAUAUUGUUCACGGCGCAUAGUCUGCCACUGAAGGCGGUGUCCCGGGGUGACACAUACCCACAUGAGGUGGCGGCGACGGUAGCCAACACGAUGUUACAUUUGAAUGUUAAAAACCCGUACAGAUUAGUCUGGCAGUCUAAAGUGGGACCGUUGCCAUGGUUACAGCCGUAUACUGAUGACGCUAUCAAGGCAUACGCGAAGCAAGGCAAGAAAAAUCUACUCCUAGUGCCUAUUGCCUUCGUUAAUGAACAUAUUGAGACACUGCAUGAACUGGACAUUGAAUACUGCCAUGAUAUAGCUAAAGAGGCUGGUAUAACGCACAUAGAAAGAGCGGCCACACCGAAUGCUCACCCCACCUUCAUAGCGGCGCUAGCAGACAUUGUAGUAAAACAUUUAGCGGACCAAGAAAAAGUAUCAAAACAAUUUUUAACAAGGUGUCCACACUGUGUUAGCGAAAGGUGUAACAGUUCAAAGCAAUUCUUCAAAGAGCUCUGUGGAGGUAUAACAACAGACACGAGUGAUAUUACAAAUGAGGAGGCACCUUCACAGUCCUUAAAUAUUAAAUAA